AUGGCCGAGCUCUGCGGCAAAAGACGUGUCAAAGUCCAGCCCCGGGCUCCUCAAAUUGACGUCUCCGUCACCAUUCACGUCGACGGUAUCUCAAGACAGCCUCCACAGUCCGCGAUUUUCCUACGAGCUAACCCCCCUAAGCGCGAGGAGGUUUGUAAACCUACCUUUUUGCGCCGUGGGCUUGAAAGUGAGAAAAAGCUCAAAUCUCGAGCGGUUCUGAAACAGCCAAUCAUCAUCUGUUUCGUCACUUGUCUCCAAUGGGGCAGAUUUGGCUCCGCUCGCGAGUAA